GAUCCAAGAUGGCGGCCUCCGUGCUGAUGUUUGGAGGAGCUCUGUUUGAAACGACGAAACACGAAAAAUUUCAGGUGAAGUGAUUAAAACACACCGGUGAAAAGGGAUAUGGGCACAUUACUGAACUGUGGAACAUGAAAUACCACGGUGCUUUUUCGUUUCAUGGACUAAAUGUGCAUAUUUUGGGUCGUGAAGUCUGACUUUGCCGUUGAAAUGCAAAAGUGAGUCUGCAUUUAACAUGAAUACAAAAGAAUUGGUCCGUAUUGCUCUACAAAUGGAGAAAUGUAUUGACAACAGAAGCUAUGGGGACGUUUUAACUCUACUCUCUGACCUGGGUAAGGUCAGAAUCACUUCAGAGCAGCUGGAAACCACAGACAUAGUAAAAGUUCUCUACAGACUCCUAAAAUCCUGUCCAGACAACAAUUUAAAGAAGACAGUGAAGAGUUUGUUGGCAAAGUGGAAAAAACAGUACGGGAAAGACAGGGAUAUGAAAUGUACAGAGAAGGAAAAAGUGUCUGAACAGUCUUGUGGCGAUUCAUCUUUAAAUAUUUGUGAUAAAGGUGUGUCUGAACCAGAAAAUAUUGUUUCGGGGGACGAAGACAGCCACCAAACUCUUCCUUUAACAUCAGAAAGCACCUCCUUAUCCUGUCUACCUUCGUCUGUGAGAUCCAAAGGUGUCCAGUUUCUUCUUGCCGCCCUUUCCAAAGGAGUUACCGAUCAAGAAACGGCUGCAGAUUUGGCAGGAAAGCUUGAGGAACACAUCCACGAGCUCCACAAAUCAAACAACACCAGAUACAGAGCCUGCAUAAGAAGCAAGGUAGCCAAUUUGAGGAACCCUAAAAAUGGGCAUUUACUAACAGGACUUCUCAACGGUUCACUCACACCUGGGGUCUUUGCUGGGAUGUCAGCGGCGGAAAUGGCGGGCGAGGAGCUGCGGCAGCUACGAGAAGAGUAUUCGUCACAAGGUGUAAGCGAAAGGCAGCUUCCUCAAGGGAUAGAAGGGACAAAAACGCAGAUCAGGUGUAAGAGAUGUGGGGGGUCGGACUGCAGGGUGACGCAGGUGUCCAGGGGGGCCCUUUUUCUGCCUGCAUGGGUGAGGAGAGGCGGCCCUGAUGAGGACGCAAUGACUUUUGUGACCUGUAGUGGGUGUGGUCAGCAGUGGUACCACAGCGGCUGGAUCUGCCUCUAGAUCCACACUCCUGUUUUGACAGAUUUAGUGACUAUAGAUAACACAUUUGACAAAAACUGUCAAAGAGCAGAACUAUAACAUGUGGAGGAGAAUAAGAGAAUAUUUAUGUCCACAGGGGGGCGCCAAAAUUGAUACAAACUGAGAGCUCCUCAGGACGAAAGGUCAGUCAAAUGCAGUGAGAAAAAAAGGAGCAGAGCAUUCUCCCUGUAUCUUUAAAAAUGCAGCGUCAGGCUUGGACUUUUAAGCUGUAAAUCUAAAACUGAAAGCUGACUCGAUUAUUCUUACAUGCUUUAAAGACUGAGUCACUGUCCAUUACAGUUGAAACCACAACUUUUGAAGAAGCAGAUCUCGUCAUUCUCCUCCUGCUGAGUCAUUUCCUUACUUCAACUACACUUAUAGAACCUCAGCUAACUACUUUUCUUUUCCAUCUUCUCUUGCAUCCUCGCUCUCAUUGACCUUCAGUCUUGAUAUUAAUGUGGAAACUUUGUUCUACUGCUUUUAUUAUAAGGGAGAGCAAAGCAGAUAACAUCAUGCCCCCAUGCAGCCUCCUCUGACAAUAUCCCAUUCAUGUGGGGCAAACUGGCUCCAGCAGAUCAGACAUGUGACUUGUAGAAAACGGUGAGCAUGUGAGGCAGUAAUCUGCCCUCCUGAGCACCCUCAGGCCUGGAUAUCCCAUGGUGCUUCAGUCAGUGGACGUGGCCGAGUGAGUCAUCGAAACGUCAUUGUGGCAUCACAUCCACGAACCUUCACUCAACAGGGGGAAUAGUUUCACAAAUUCUUCAACAUUGUUCACUUUUUUAAGUUGAAGGACUUUUCGUCCUGAGGAGCUCUCAUUUUGUGUAAUUUUGGCGCCCCUUCUGUGGACAAAAAUCUUCUUACUCUCCUCCACAUGCUUCAGUACCAGGGUGUCUGCAGAUAAGCUGUCCUGUAAGAAAAAAGUCAUGUAGUUUAAUCUUUACUCAGUUCAGUUUUAGCCUGAAUUUGUGGAUGUAGCAAUGAACUUUGUCCAGAGAAAGCUGUUUCUGGAAGGGAUUUUGACUUCAGAGUCAUGUCUGUCCAUCACUAGUUUUGUCCCUUUUGUGCAAAGUCCUCCAAAUUUCUACAAUCUUUUGUACAAACUUAAUAAAUUUACGGAUUUUAUCAAAUUUUUAUACAAAUGAAGCUGCCUUCAGUGAAAUUAAGUUCUUACACAGUCACAUUCUGGUAUUUCCCCUACGUAUAUUUCCUGGUUUGACCCACUUUUCUCUCUUUCUUGGUUCUUUAUCUUGGAUGUUCAAAGAUAGAAUCCCCUGUAACUGAAUUAUCAUGCUUAAUGAUAUGGCGCUGCACCAUCUUGUCAGUCAGAUACAGCAGGAGUGUGGAUGCACUUUGUUAUCUGUGGCUCUUCUCUGUGUUGUGUCUCCUCUCAGUCGCUCUAUAUCUAGAGAGUGUCGUGUUCCACCUUUUCAGUCACAGUGGUCUGUCAAAUCAAUCAGUGCUCUGAAGGCAUUUAUCUCCUCUUCACUCGCACAUAUACACUGAUUUGAGCAGAAAACACACCGCAGGAACAGAUAAGAAGUUGAGGUUUUGCUUUACGAAGUGUAUCAUACUUGAAAACCUGCAGAAGUGCAAGAAUUCUUUUCAGAGACAAUGUACAGAUAUCAUUAUCCCUUUCUUUUUCAGUCAGUCUUGUGCUAACUUUUCUGAAUAACUUAUUAGAUCUGAAAAAAAAGACAACUACUAGUAAAAUAUGAUUAGUUUUGCAUGAGCAAGGUUACGUCCCUACUUUGUUCUGUGCCAAACCACCAAUAUAAUCAAUUAAAUCUUCUGUGAGGAACCUUUGAUUUGCGUCAAUGGCAGAAACCUCCCCCUUUGUGCUGGUUUCAAACAAUAAAAAUCUGU